GGCUAAGCCGCGUGAUUUUACUGUGUAUAUGUUGUUGGAGCAUGUAGAUGGUGAAAAGACACGCAAAGUUCCUGUGACUAUUCUACAAGGAGAGCUUGUUAUCCGGGAGCCCCAACACAAACAACCAAACAGGCGUGAUUAUGUUGCUAUUCAAAGUUUCAACCCUAGAGAACGAUUUGCUGUCGUUCCCAAGAGGUUUCUUGCAACUUUGUUGGAAAGACAGUUUCAACUGUUGUCGACAGUUCCGUCUAGUCUAAACCGUUAUGCUGCUUACAAGAACAAACAUCUCAAUGAAGCAGAGAACUAUGAUGUUAACAGCAAGGUACUUGUUAACUUGUCUAGCUAUCCAGAGCACAUACCAGGUGUCGUUUGGUACACGGGACCAGUUGAAAGUAUUUCUCGUGGAAUUCUGUUUGGAGUGGAACUGCUGGCUGAUCCACCUCGAGGCCACUGUGAUGGUACAUUGAAUGGAAAAAAGUAUUUCACUUGCCCUGACAAUUGCGGAGUGUUCACCUCAUUUGACAAGAUGAGACUUUGUGCUACAGAUGAAGAAUUUACACGUAGAGUGGCUGCAUUUUGUACAAAGUCAGACAGACCAACUAAGCGGCUAAGAGCACUGACACAACGGGAUUCAGAGCAACAACACAGAGUCACUCGCUCCCAAACUGCUGCUGAACAAAAACAGUCUGAUACUUGUAAUGAAGAGAACAAGUUGGCAAUUGGCAUGGAAGUUGUAGUGUUUGAAGAUAGUGAGAAAGUGCACAAAGGUUACGUUAGAUGGCUGGGAACAGCACAUGGAACUGGAAAAUCAAAAUCUAUGAAGCCUGUGGCUGGAUUGGAAAUGGCAUCUAACCAUGUCAAUAUUCAGGGGCUAGAGGGAAUGGAGUUGCAGAAAUAAACUUUUUUCAAAACUGACCAUGGGGACAGGAAAGUUUAUCUUCCUGUCUUUUCUUUUAUGCCGCUAACAGAAUAUAGGGAGAGCAUACACAACAGUCCAGACAAGAGUCGGCCAGUCAACAAGCAAGAGUCUAACAGUGUCUUUCAAGGUGUCCAAAAUGAGCUUAGAGGAGAUCAUGGGACAACAGGUGGCGCAAAAGGUUUAUCAAAAAGAGUUGUGUUUGAGAAAGAAACACAAUCAACGAAUAGAACACAAGGAAGGAGCAAUGCACACGUUGUUAAGCAGCAACAGGAACAGUUACUGCAAAAGGUUAAAGAAAUGGGUAAACAGCGUGCUAGUGAUGCUGAGAGAAAUUUUUCUCAAGCUGAUGCAACUGGUGCACCACAUGAUUUCUAUAUGAAUGCUGCAAUUGACUCUUCCAACGAAAAACGAAAGAACAAAGAAUUGGGUUCAGUUGUAGGGGAUGACUGUGCUCCUCUGACUUCUGAUGAAGUAUUUACUGAUCCAAGCUUGAAUAUUGGAUCAACAGUUGAAGUGGCUGUAAAUGAUCGUUCAUUGCAUGGUGUUAUUCAAUGGUUUGGAUGGGUGAAUACAGGAACCAAAGGCAAAAUUAAAGUUGUUGGCAUUGAGUUGGAUAAUCCAAUUGAAGGUGGUACAGAUGGUACAUACCUGGGCCAGAAGUGCUUCAAGUGUGAAGAUGGAUGUGGUUUUGUUUGUUCUUCCACAGUACUGUACAAGAGACAGGCAAUUUGAUGGUCAAGUUAGAGCACAAUCUGAUCAAAAUGAACAAGAACAAAGAGAGAUGAAGUUGAAACUAACCCAAGAGAUUGCCAAGAAGGAAGAGUUGGCAGCUGAAAAUAGGCAACUCAAGCAGCAGGUAUGCCAAUUAGAAAAACUGGCUCAACAACAGGAAGAACAACAAGAAAAACUGAGGCAGGAAGUAACACACAUCCAAAGACAACGUCAGUGUGCUGAAGAACAACAAGUACAACUCAGGCAGGAAUUAACACACAUCCAAAAACGACAUCAGUGUGCUGAAGAGGCUCUUCAGGAGAAAGAGAUACAACUCAAGCAAUAUUUAGAUAUUCGUAACAUUCAGUCAGACACAUUGCGUCUUGAUGGCAAGGAAUUGGGGUCAGGUUCAUAUGGUGUUGUUCAAGUGGGAUAUUGGUAUGGUAUUGCUGUUGCUGUCAAGAUAUUUCAUGAAAAACUGCGGCUUCCACAGUUAGCACCAAUUUUUAUGAAGGAGCUGACUAUCUGCAGUCAGUUACAUCAUCCCAAUAUUAUGUCUAUUUGUGGUGCUGUGAUGCUGGAUGGCACACCUAUUCAAAUUGUGAUGGAGCUUCUUCAAGGCUCACUUAGUGAUCUAAUGAAGGCAGCACGUGCUUCUAAAUGCUUCUCAAAGUAUUUGUCGUUUCGAGAGCAGCUUGACAUAGCUGCCGAUACUACAGCAGCUAUCAUGUACAUGCAUCAUCUUCGUCCUCAACCAAUUGUUCAUUGUGAUAUUCGUGCUACAAAUGUGAUGAUCACUUGUGAUAUGGUAGCAAAAGUGGGUGAUCUAGGUGCAAGUCACAUUAUCAACAGCAGCACCUCCUUAGGUGCACUGAGUUAUGAAUAUUGUGCACCUGAGAAAAUGCCACGCAGUGAUGGUAGCUCAGCUCAUAGCACUCGGGAAUCUGGUAUUUACAGUUUGGGUGUAAUGUUGACAGAGUUGUUUACUGGAUUGUCACCAGAUCCUUCAGAGAGGCAAACCAAAUACAGAAGAUUCAAAAUCCUGAUCUGUUUGAACUCUGCUUACAAAUGACAUGCAGUAAAUCCACUGAACGGCCAAGUGCUGAGAAUGUUCUUACCAGUUUGACCAAACAGAAGUCAACAGAUCAAUACAGAUUAAUUCUUGGGAGAAGGAUUGUUUGAGGCAACUUGGAAGAUGAGGACAUGAGUGUUAUUGAUUACAUUCAAAUCUAAACUCAUACAACAGAAGCAACUGUGCUUCUGUAAACUUCGCAUUGAAGGGAUGCGGCAACAUGCAAGUACACAGUAUAAUAGUAUGUAUUUUCUAACAGGCUGUUGCAUUUUGUAUUAUUAACUGGAAACUACAUUUUUACAAUUUUAGCAUAAAGUGUUGCUUUCUAAUUGUGUAGUUGCUUUCUGCUUGUUAGUUACUUUCUUUCGGGGAGGGAGGGGGUUACUGUCUCAUCUGGCACGCGCAAAGGCAGUUUGGUGUACCG